CUAAGAACAAAAAGGCCCGGCAGCGUUCUUGUUUGCUAUAAUGGCCUCGACGAUGGCUCUCCGAGCAGCUACCCACCGGCUAACAAUAACCCCAGUUGAGGAGCUGCCGUCUAUGGCAGCGUAUCUCGCGUCGACCCUAGGAGAAAGUAGCGCCAUAUUGUCCACUCCAGAGCACCAGAGAAAGGCAGCGGGCGCACCGGAUACUGCGCUACUGGUAACUAAGCUAAAAGCUCGAAUUACCAGUCUACUUCAAGACCGAAGCAUUGAAGGCCGGUGGACAGCAAUUAUAUUGGCUAAAGCUGCGAUUGAAGCUGGUCAAUGGGAAAUACUCCGUGGCUGUGAGCCUUGGGUUCGAGCGCUUUUGGCUAUCCUGGCUAAACCAGAUCCAUCAUCUUCGAAAAAGUUGGCUCUCAUUACCUUGACUCGAAUCUUUCGACUUACCCACCAGUAUCCGACUUUGACACGGGAAAUAACAACCCCGUGUUUGCCGUCGUUUGUAACUUCGUGCCUGAAUCUUAUAUCCGUCAAAUCAGCAUCCGAUGGAAGCAGAAAAUUGAAGCAGAAUAACCUGCUGAUUAUUCCAGUAUUUAGCUCUUUCUUGGAGCUUCUACCUAACCACCCUACAAUAUUCCGGCCUUUCUCUGCCCAGCUGCAUGAUUUGCUCGUACCUCUGAUCGGUUCCCUCGGCUCCAAUGAUUUUAUUUCUGAACCCCUUAUAUAUCUGGCUCAACGCCUGUUCGUGUCUCUCCAUCACUGUGCUCCAAAAAAUACGUCUGGAGACGAAUGGGUCAAAGCAUACCGGUCAACGAUAUCAUCUGCUCAUCGCGUGGGAGAUCAUCUUUUCAGGGCAGUCAUAGAGCAAUGGGAAUCCGUUGAUGUUGAAAAACGCAGACCCGGAAGAUCUAGAGACUACAAUAGCCCAGUUGGUGAUGAUGGUCCUGAUCCACUCGGGCUUCAGGGUUGGGAUGGCGUUCAAGAAGGCAGUGGUCGGCUGGUUAGCUUGUUGCGGUUACUGUCACAGUUUCUAUCGACUCAUACACAUUCGAGCGUGUCCAUUCCUAUUGGUUAUACUCUCGACCUAACAGCCCGGCUAGCCUCCCUCAGUAUUCCCGUCUUGGAAAAUGACGACGAUAGAUCAAAUUUAAUCAACCGCGAAAUCAGCCGGGAUGAACGGGAAAGUUUAUUCAGCGAACUCCCAAGUAUCCAUGUUUCCGUAUUGAAUUUGCUCUCUACAGUCGUGAAAACAAUUGGAGCUGGGAGUACUUCGAUCGCUCAAACUUGUCUUGACCAGGCUCUCUGGAUCUUCGACGCGGCAAACGGUAAGAAAGCCGUUCGGAUAGCCGCCUACGGGUGUAUAGAAACUACAUUGCCCAUUAUUGGGUAUACAUUUACAAAAGCAGGAAUUGGUUUGCUGGCCCCAGCGAUACGACUCGCAUGUGCCGAUUUACUACCCCAACAUAACCCCACACAGUUGAUCGAAAAGGCACCUAAGACCAAAGGAAGCCAAACUGCAAUUAAUGCAGACGCAUUCUUGGGCACGAAUGCUGCGUCUGAAGCCAUAGAUCCCAAACUGUCAAACUCCAAGGAGAUUCAACUCCCUGGCCUCGAGCUGUUGGCGAACUUUCUCACGUGCAUUCCGACAGAUUUGAUCCCUUUGUCCCUACGUGCGGAAAUUGAUCGAACUGCGAUCCUUACGGGGGCCGUGAAACUUAUGAUGGCUAGCGUGCUUAAUCCUAUUCCACCCACAAGCAAUCAACGAGGUCAUGCCAGUAUCAUGCCAUUCCUCGCGAGGAGUAAUAUAGACGACCUGCAAGUUGAAGGAUUAUUGCGGCCACGGAUGCCGGUUCUCAUGACUGGUACUGGGAAAAGAAAACUCACGACCCAAGAAGAAGACAUCAGGAUGGAGCGCGAAGACUUAGGCACCAUGGACCGUGAUAUUUACAAACAAUCGACUUUGCUGGCUGAAAAUAGUGUGCUAACGGAAUCGAUCCCUAAGCCAAUGGACAUUGACACGGAUCUUGAGAGCAGGGGUACCAAGCGAGGUCAUGAAACCGACAGCGGAGCUCAAAUAUCGGCACCAUCCUUAGAAACACAGCCUGUGAUCGUUUCUCCAGAUAAAAAGCCUCGCACAGAGACGAGUUCACCGAUGGCCGCUCCUUUGCAAUCUAUAGAGGCCCCGGAACAGAAAGAUACGUCAAGUGAAACUCCUAUUCUAAGGGAGCCAUUGGAUAAUAAGCCACUCGCUCUGGAAUCGUCGCUAACCAGCACAGCGCUUUCACGCGCUGAGGUGACAUUAGAACUACCGGAGCAAACACGCGACCACAAUGCUUUUCAAAGUAGGAUAUGCUCGACGAUGCAGCAGGGCACUGUCACCAAAGAUGACGAGGAAAUGGCGUCUGACGAUGAAAUUCCGCAACUUAAUCUCGACCCAGACACCGAUGAGGAUGAUGAUGUCUCUAUGCAAUAGCAUCAGAGUCGAGUCAGCAACCCUCGCUUACGAAACUUGUAUAGUAGACUUGUCCUUAACGAAAAGCACUCGCGGAACAAUUCUGUUUGGCCGAGGUGGUUAUAUGUGUACGACUUAAAAUAAAAAUCUAAUCCGUCUAAAUUACGUGGCAUAAGUAUAAUACUAAAAUGGUUCUAUAAGCAUGCGCUCAUGACACAUCGCCAAAUGAACUUUAUCUGCCAAAAAGGUCCGAGGCAACAUUGCUUGCGCCUCAGGACAUUUUGUCUAUAAUAUCUGAAUUCCGCGCUGCCACCACUUCUCUCCUUUCCACAUCCUAAACCACUUUCCGUGCCAACACCACCAGCCUUCGUCGGGGGUUCCAAAUCCAAAACCCCGCAGUGGACUAAUUGGAACAGGUUCAAAUAGCCAAAUCCCACCUCUUGAAAAAUCAUUGGCAACAAGUGGCCCUGUUAACAAAAUCCAGGUGAUUGUGAACGCAACAUUACCCCAUUGUUUCAACCAUUUGGGCAGCGGGAAGGGUAGAUGCGACAAGAGAUGUGAUGUGAGGUCCUGGGCUACAAUUCCCAGAAAUUGGAGAAUGAAGAACAGAAACGGACCCGACAGGGGGUGUGUAGGUGCAAAUUGGGUGUAGCUUCCACAGGCGUGGAUGAGCCCACUGAGCAUAAAGGCAAUCAUUGCCCGUAGGAACAAAAAGAUAGGUUUCUUUUGGAGAGAACGCGGAAGAUAUUGGAACAUCCAAUCACUUGGCGACACAAAGCCAUACCGGAAGAUUUGAUGCCACCAUUUGCCCCAUCCACCAGCCAAACCAUAGUCGAAUACACUAGAGAAUGGACCAAAGAGCCCACGGUACAACCACGGUGCCUCGAUUGGGACGGUAAUCCGGGUAGAGGAGCCGUAGAAGAGAGAUAAGAGUAAGUAAGCUAUGCACAGGUAACCGUGGAGAGUCGUAAGCGACGAGACAAUACCGAGAUAUAUAAGGAAGUGACGAUAUAUAUGGGCGAAAAAGGCAGCGAAGUGGCCGAGCGGCGCAAGGAAAGGCGGAUGGGGCGAGUCAACAAGCCCCCAGAAAUAGGAGUCCCUCACCAUGAGGAUUUUGACAAGAUCUAGGCGCAGAUAGUGAAUAAAUGUUUUCUUUAAAACCGACAUGAGCACAUAUUUUGUUGGAGGAUCCGCCACGGAGGGUGGAAGUGUCGGGUUACCCCAAUUCCAACCAGUUCCUCUAAAAGAAAACAUCGAGACGUCGAGGACCCAGGUGAAGCGAUGCGAGAACUUCUCAGGAUAAGAUUGCCAUCUAUAUUUUGCUCGGCAUUGAAGACUGUUCGUUGAUUUUUCGCCCGAGGUUUUCGACAGACCGCCGUUCCCAGGCGAGGAUAUCUCACUUUCCCAGAACUGUAGGUCCUUGUGCCCGUUUGCCUCAGCAUUGACACCAUUGGACCUUCUCCCGCGAACUUCACGAGUCCGCUCUAUCCUCUUGAACUCUCCUUGAACGUCCCUAAACACAAGUAGAGUUGCACUCCAAAUCGUAUGCCAUAUAAAGCCCAUACCGACACCGUAGCUAUUUGCCAUACCCAGGGUACGACAAUUGACAAUUGUCAACGUAUUCAAG